AUGGCUCAGUUACCACUACUUUUCAUCGUCUUCGUGGCUUUUACAGGUCUCACUGAGGGUGCUGGUGUGUUGCCAGAUGGUCCUCUGAAUGCAGCUGUUAACGGGACGUUCCUGUUCUCUACAUCACUGACUCCAACAGAAACACCAUUUGUGUCUCUCAGGAACCUGACUGAUGCUGACAGUGGAGAGUACGACGUUAACAUUAUACCAUUUACUGGAGACGCUUUAUCAGGACGCACCACACUGAACAUAUAUGAGCCAGUCUCCAAUGUAUCAGUACUUCCCGAAAGUGCAGACGUGUUUGAAUUCACUUCUGUUAAUCUGUCCUGCUCCUCCUUUGGAUCCUCCAUUUCUUUCCUCUGGCUGAACGACACCUCUGAGGUUACAGCCAGUGACAGAGUUCAUCUCACUGAUGGAGGCUCCACUUUGACAAUAGUCAACGUGACUCGCUAUGACCAGCAACCAUUCAGGUGUCAUGUGUUCAAUCCUGUCAGUAACGGCACCAGUGAUCCUGUAAACAUCAUGGUCAGCUCACAUGUUACCAACAUUGUGGUGACUUCAGACAGCACAGACCUGGUUGAGUUCAACAGCUCUGUCAGUCUCUCCUGUACCUCCUCUGGAACCUUGCUGUCUUUCCUCUGGCUCAAUGGAAGUUCAAAGGUUACAGAAAAUGACAGAGUUCAGCUCACCGAUGGAAACUCCACUCUGACUAUAGUCAAUGUGACCCGCUAUGACCAGGGACCAUUUAUGUGUCAGGUGUCUAACCCUGUCAGUAAUGGCACCAGCAGUCCCAUUAACCUCUCCAUCAGCUAUGGUCCUGAAAACAUUAAACUGAUGCUGUCAUCAUCACAAGAACUGAUUGAGGAAGGGUCAAACAUCAGCCUGUCCUGCUCAGCUGUCUCCAGACCUGCUGCCCUGUUUAAGUGGUUUCUGAAUGGAAACCUGCUCACUGAUACUGGGCCAGAGCUCACACUCACCAACAUUCAACUGAGUCAGAGUGGAAACUACAGCUGUCAGGCAUUUAACAGCAAAACACUGAGAUAUCAAACAUCUCAGCCUUCAGCUGUAACUGUACUGGAGAAAAUAUCAGGUGCUUCUGUCAAACCAUCAGUAACUCUGAUCGUUGAGAGGACCUCUGUCAAUUUAACCUGUGAGGCCUCUGGUUCCAUUUGGACCAGGAUGUGGAAGAAGAAUGGCUCAGAUCUGAUCCUGACUGACAACAUGAUACUUUCAGACAAUAACAGAUUGUUGUCUUUUAACCCGGCAAAUAGAAACGACAACGGAGAAUAUUUCUGUAAUAUCAGCAACCCUGUCAGCAGUGAUGGAGCUAAAUACGACUUGGUUGUUAACUAUGGACCAGAGAACGUUCAAAUCACAGGUCCAAGUGUGCUAAAUGUGAAAAGCACCUUAGAAUUGAUCUGUUCUGCUGACUCCAUACCAUCUGCCAGUUACACCUGGAAAUUCAGUGGAGCAACAAUACUGAACAACUCUACUAAAUUUGUAAAAGAAAUGGUUGACUUCUCUGACAGUGGCAACUACACCUGUGAAGCAAAGAAUAGUAUAACUGGGGGAUCAUCAUCGGCAGUGCACGGAUUGUCUGUGUCAGAACAAUCAUCAGGUUGCUCUGCUGGCUGCAUCGCUGGAAUAGUAAUUGCAUGUUGUGUCCUCAUUGCUGGAGCUGUUGGUGUAGGGUUCUACGUAUAUCGAAAAAAAAAACAUCCAAAAACAUCCUCUAGAAGAAACACUUCCAGAGGAGACCGAGGCAAAGACAACACAGGAUACUCAAGUGAGGUAAAGUUAUCAGUGCCUUUACAUGCAUUAAAUGGCAGUUGGGCAGUGGGAGAGUCAUUCAUCCUCACCUGGCUUGGAAACCAGCAGGCGGUUUUCCCUGGUCACAGCGGCAGGGCGUCAGUCGAUGUCCUCACGGGAGCUCUCACUCUGAGCUCUGUCACCGUGGCUGACUCAGGAGUCUACGUGGUGCAGAGCACUGACCCCCAGCUUAAGGCCAAUGCUUCCAUCACUGUCCUAGAUGGCCCAGAUAACAUGGCUCUCACAGUGAAUGGACAGAACACAACUUCCUUUUCAGCUGGAUCCAAUCUGACCAUACUCUGUUCAUCCCAGUCCAAUCCCCCAGCUCAGCUUCAGUGGGCAUUCAGGGGCGAAUUUGUGAAGGUAACAGGUCCUCUGUUGGAGCUGUCACAUGUCAGUGAAGACCAAAGUGGUCCAUAUUCCUGUCUGGCCUUUAACAAUUACACCAACAUGCACGACAAUAUCACCACACACAUCGUGAUAGCAAACGCAAUAGAAAAUGUGCAAGUAGAAGCACCAGAUAAUCUUGCCACAGUAGGCUAUUCAUAUAAUUUAACAUGCAAUGUAACCGGGCCUGCUGAUCAUGUUUACUGGAUGAAGAAUGGUGAGCUGCUACAUGAAGACAACACAACUGUUUUCUCCACGGAUAACAAGACAGUCAGCUUCAUCCCACUGAAUCGUUACGAUACUGGCUACUACCAGUGUGUGGCUGUUAAUGCUGUUGAAAAAGUGACUAGCGCUCCGCACAUGCUCCUUGUCAACUUUGGACCAGAAACACCCAUCAUUCAGGGGCCAGCGUAUGCAGAGACAGGAGGAUAUGCGAUCUUCAACUGUUCUGCCAUGUCGGUUCCACCCAGCCACUUUAGCUGGUGGUAUAAUGGCUCCAUGGUGGCCAACACUUCAGUCUUUACAGCUGGUCCUUUGUCUUUAAAUAUGACUGGAGAAUACACCUGUGUGGCCUACAAUUAUGUGACAGAAAAGAACAGUACAAACUCUGCAAUGCUCACAGUCAUUGAGGCCAUAGAGUCAGUGAAGAUCCAAAGCAGCACAAUUCCAAUACAAUAUGAAAACUUCACUCUCACCUGUGAUGUUGUUGGACCCUAUGACACGAUCUACUGGAUGAAGGACAACAUCACACUCAACAGCACAAACCCAGAUUCAUCGUACCACAUUGAAAAGAACAUGCUGUACUUCUCCCCAUUGAUAUUUGGAUACUUCACAUCGGAGACAUAUUGGACCAAUGACGGGUCAUAUCAGUGUGUUGCUACCAAUCAGGCUGGUCAGCAUAAGAGCGAACCGUACCAGCUCCUGGUGAACUAUGGGCCCGUGAGUGUGACGAUCUCUGGUUCAGAUUCAGCAGAAUUGGGCACCUCUGGCGUGUCUCUGACAUGUUCUGCUGUUUCUCAGCCUGAGUGUCACUUCUACUGGUUCCUUAACAAUCAGUCAAACCCUCUAACGAAUGGAUCUGUUAUUACAUUCUCUGUGACAAAAGAAAGUGAGGGGACGUACAUAUGUAAGGCGAGGAACCCUGUGACCAACAUCACAUUGUACCAAAAUCACACAUUUGCCAUCAGCGAUCACGCCUCUGCCAUCCACUUCUCAUCUCAUGGCAGUCUGAUGUUAAUGGGUCUGUUUGCUUUUUCCACCUCUGUGCUGUUCAACUGAUCCUCCACACCUAAAAGUCCAGUCAACCCAAAAGGCCUCCUGCUUCUUUUCUUGCCUUUCACAACAAUCUUCUUUUAAAAUGAUUGAGACAUUCAAAGUGUAAUCCACACUCUCACUGUAAAAUUAACACUAGCAUUCAUUUAUUGCAAUGUCUGCUUUCUUAUUUAUGUUCAAUACUAUAAAUAUUAGCAAGUUAAAGUAACUGUGUUGGUCACUGUUGAGACUUCCCAGGAGUCAUUUUAGUGAAAGUACUUCAGUAAACUUGCAUUCAAUAUCAAGGACCGUACCAUCAAUGAAGUGAUUUUGCAUUAACUGAUAUAAGUGGAAUGUUGCUUAGAGGUAAGAUUAGCAGCUGUGGUAUAGGUAAGGCUUUACUGAGGAUCAGAGGCAGGUCCUGUCCCCCUGGGAGAGGGACAAGAGAGGCAGAAAAGAGCAAGAAGAAAGGGAAGGGAAAGUGGAGCACGGCAAGCAAGAACAAACUGGUAUGCAGAGCUGGUCAACAUUUAUAGAUGCAUGACAGGAAGGGGAGAGUUUUAGAUGUGGUCCUGCUCCUGAACUUCAAAUAAACAUUUUACCUGCAUUGUUUUCAGAAGGGUAAUACAUGUGUUUCUACAUAACAUCUCCACGCUCCUUUGGUACAAAUUGCAUAUCUCCAUUCUGAACACUUGCUGUUAUUUUUGUGAAGCAUGAUGAAUUUGCUUUAUUAUAUCUCGAUUCACUGUAAUUAUUUGUUAAUCAAUAAAAACACCGUAAUCAU